UAUUUAAACAACGGUGACGUGGAUUUCAAUUUCAUUUCCAAAUUUCACAAUGGGGUUCUGGGGGAUUGAAGUCAAACCUGGCAAACCGUGUCCUUAUCACUCUGACAAUGUGCGAGGGAAACUGCACGUUACCCAGGCUACUCUAGGCAUUGGCUCGUCGAAGGAUAAAAGCAUUCUUCAGUGCGCUUCUGGACACAAAAGUCCAGUUUUCUUGUGUUCAUUGCUACCAAAUAGAAUUGAGUCAUGCCCUUUGAAUCUUAAGUUUGACAUUGAUGACUUAGUUGCAUUCUCAGUGAUUGGUUCACGAAGCAUCCACCUUUCUGGUUUUUUCGCGACUGAUGACGGAGAUGAGCUUAAGGAUGACUAUGAAUAUGAUUCAUGGGGGGAAGACAUUGAAGGAACUGAUACAACUGAAUCAUCUGAAUAUGAUAGUGAAGAUGAAUAUGAUAAUGACUUUAUUGUUGAUAGUGAUGUUGAUAUUUACCAGUCUUCACCAGUCCCAAAUAGUGGAGUUGUAAUUGAAGAAAUAGUGGAUGAUGAAAAACCUGAAUCUGGAGAUGAUCAAAAUAAGCAAUUAAAGAAAACGAAACAAGUAGCUAAGUUGAAACCAAAAGACAGCAAAAUUUUCAAGUCUGAAAUUGUUGCUAAGGGUGAGACUGACCUUGUGGAGAAUGAAGACGAAGAUGAAGAUGGUUUUCCAAUUUUUCCUGCUGAGAAAGAUGUCUCUAUCUCUCAGAAGGCAGAUGGAGAAACGAAAGGAGAACAAGCACUUAAGAAAAUUGAGAAUGCCAACAAGAAGAGAAAAGAUGUUGAUCAUUCUGCUGGAGUUAAACGGAAGGUUGACAGUGCUGAUGAAGAUGAGCCACAGGAUGGGAAAAAAAAGAAAAAAAAUAAGUUAAAGGAACGUAUUAAAGAGAAAAAUGCUGAUGCAUCUGGCAAUAGCAAUGAGAUAAAUGUUACUGCCCCAGAUGAAAAGCAUCCAGAGGCUGUCAAAACUACAACCGGCCAGAGUGAUGUUUCUCAUGCAAAGGAUGAAAAUGAGGGAAAAUUGUCCAAUAACGAGGUCGGUGCUGAGAAAAAAAACAAGAAAAAAAAGAAGAAAAAGACCAAGGAGUUAGAAGGGGUAGCUGCUACAGACCAAAUUACUUCAAGUGCUGAAAAGCAGAAUUUGUCUGUUGCCUUGGAGAAAAAGGGGAAGAAACAAACUGAGACCAAGCCAUCUCAAGUGAGAACUUUUCCGAACGGAUUGGUUAUAGAGGAACUCCUUAUGGGUAAACCUGAUGGCAAAAGAGCUGCUCCUGGAAAAAAGGUCAGUGUUAAAUAUAUUGGCAAGCUGCAAAAGGAUGGGAAAAUAUUUGACUCAAAUGUGGGAAGAGCACCCUUUAAAUUUCGCCUGGGUGUAGGACAAGUCAUCAAAGGGUGGGAGGUUGGGAUCAAUGGGAUGAGGAUCGGGGACAAAAGAAGGAUCACAAUUCCACCAUCUAUGGGAUACGCAGAUAAGCGCGUUGGGACUAUACCACCGAAUGCGUGGCUUGUAUUUGAUGUUGAGUUGGUUGAUGUUGAUCGCUAAUUUCCAACUAUUCCGUUCCAAAGGUCUUUGCAUCCUUUUUUCUAUCCCUCUCAUUGUUUAUCUCGGAGAAUGUUAACCACACAUUUGCCAUUUUUGUUUCCAAGGGGCGUCUUAGAAUAGAGGCCAAGUUUUGUAGGAAAUUUUGGAUUGCAUAGAGUAAUUCACACAGCUUUACGAGUGUUUGCUUUCAUUAUCGAUAGUGUCUAUCGUUAAAUGGGAGAGUUACAUUUUGUGCUUUACUAUACCUUUAAUCCUUGUUUAAAAUGUGUUAUAUUGUUUUUUUGUUGUUGAGAUAACUA